UUACGCUUUCUGCGGAAGCGCCGGAUUUGUAGGCGCUAGCCCCUACAUGCAGCACGGGGCACUAGCAGCCGGCUUGCCCGGAGGCUGGGCGGCUCCCUGUGACGGCACUCAGCAGGAUUAUCUAUGCCAUUAUCAGCAACAGCAACUGCAGCAGCAGCAACUACAGCAGCAGCUGCUGCAAUGGCAGCAGCAGGCUUCUGACCGGUUGCUCGGAACCCACCUCGCGCAGCAUCUGCAGGGUCCUUGUAGCAUCCAGCAGCAACACACGGGGGCGUGUCAGCAGCAGCAACACGUGCAGCCCGGCUGCACGACCACCACCAUGGAUGUUGACAUGGAGACGGGUGCCAUCCUGUACCAGCAGCAGCACCACUACCAGCAGCAACAGGAACAGCAGCAGAUGCUAAUGGUGCAGCAGCAGGCGGCCUCGGCACUGGGCAGCGGGAGCGGGCACGGCAUGGGCAUCAAUGCGGCGCUGUUGCCGGCAGCACUCGCCGGCUUGGCCGGCACCGGCCCUGUAUCAGGCGGCGGCGGCGGGCCGGCUGCAGCAGAAGCCACCACUGCCCUGAACAGCCUGCGCUUCCUGGGCAGCGGCAGCAUGGAUGCCGCUGCCACCACUGCCACGUCGGCGCUGGAUCCCGCUGCCGCAGCUGUGGCAGCUGCCGCCGCCGCCUCGGCCGCCGCGGCGGCGGCGGCGGCCGGGCUGGACAUCGGCUCUGGCUCAGUGAGUCCGGCCGACGCCGCCGCCCCGGCGGCGCAGCUUGCUGCCGCCAUCCUGCCUUGCUCCGCCGCCGCUGACACCACAGCCGCCACUGCGCCGGUCGCCGCUGGCACGGCAGCUGCCGUUGCUACAGCCGGAGGCGCGGCGCCCAGCCCGCUGGCCUGGGCGGGCUGCUACGGCUACCCGGGCGGCGGCAUUGUGUUCAACGGCAUGUACUUCUUCAACUACGCGCACCUCAUGGCCUAUCGCCGCAGCGCCAUCGCCUACAACUUCCACUACUUCGGCAUCAGGCCCGAUUUCCACCCGCCGGCCGACCUGCCGCGCCCGCCGCCCGCGCCGCCGGCGGCAGCUGCCUCUUCGCCCGCGGGCGGCAGCUCGAGGCACGCCUCCCCGCCGCCACCCGCACGCGCGCUGUCACCAGAAGCUGUAGCCAAGACCGCCGCAACAGCUACAGCCGCGCCCAACCUGUCGCCGUCGCCCUUCGCGGCGGCCGCUGCAGCGGCAACCCCCAUGGAGGCCAGCCCGCUGCAGCCCGGGGCGUCACCCAGCACCCCGCCGGCGCCCGCCGGCGGCCAGCCGCCGCCAGGUGCCUCGCCACCUGGCCGCCAGCAGCACCCUCAGCACGCCCAGCAGCAGCAGCACGACCUAUGCCGCGCGGUGUUGGAGGACCGCCUGACUGGUGGCGGCGGCGGCGGCGUGACUGCUGCCAUGGCGGCGGCGGCUGAGGACGGCGGCAGCUCCAGCUGCGGCUCCCCGGGCGGCAGCAGCACCUGCAGCAGCUGCAGCAGCGGCGCCGACAGCGACGACAUCACUGCCGCCGCCGCUGCUUCUGCCGCGGCAGCCGCCGCCGCCUCGCCGACGCCCUCCUCUCUAUUGUCUCCAACGUACGCUGCAGCUGCAGCCUGUGUGCCCGCCGCCGCCGCCGCGCAGGGCUCGCCGAUGGACUGCCUGCUGCUCUCUACGCAGCGCGCGGCGGCGCUCCUGCAAGCGGCAGACGCCUCCGUCGCCGCCAAGCCGCCGGCGACGGCUGCUGCGGCGGCGGCAGCUGCAGAAGGUGCGGCGGCGGCGGCAGCGGCAGCGGCGCUACUCCCAUCCUGGGAGCGCCUGCUGUCGUGCGGGAUUCACGCGCCGCCGCCGGCGCCAACGGGGCCCGGGGCGCCGCACUCGCCGCAGGCCGCCGUCCCGGGCCUGCCGAUGCCGCUGCCGCCGGUGCGCUGCCACGGCGCAAACGGCGGUGCUGCGGGUGAUGCGGGCUCGCCCCUGCGCGGCUUCAUCGGUGCUGGCGGCAGUAGCGGCUACGUCUGCUCGCCUCGCAGCGGCGCCUGCCCCACCUGGCUGGAGCCGGCGCUUGUCCGCAUGCUUGGUCAGGUGGUGGCUGACGCGCUGUGCGGUGGGGCCGAUGAGCAGCAGCUGUGAGGCUCCAGCAGCACUACAGCAGCGACUGCAGUGGCUUAUUACCAGCGCGCGGACCUACAGUGUCUGCAGCGCCGCGGCUUAAGAGAAUGCAUUCCCUUUCGCACACAGAGGCUUGCCUACCUUCAUGUUUGCCCUUCGCUCAAGUGCUAAGAAGAGGCUCUGACUUCUGGCUUGUGUUCAUUACUUUUUACCACUGCAAUUCAACCCUUAAUAAUUAUGCGCACGUAUUGACGGCAGCUGGUGGCAGGCAGGGGGUGCGACGUGGACGCAACGCAUUCGUGGGGGUCGUAGGUUCGCAUUUGCUUGGUAUGAAGGGGGCAGGGGAGCUUUGAGUUCUGGCUUGUAUGCGUCCGCCCGCACGCACCUGGCACGUUUGCUGGGAUGGGGCGUGAUGAUCGAGCCCUUCGCAUAUAUGUAUACUUGGGCAGCGGGGUUGUACGGAGCGUGUGUCCAAGAAGCGGCUCAGGCGCUUCCCGUGGCGGUCCUGGCGCGCUGGGCACUCCGUGCCGCUGCGUGUGUUGGCGGACGCCGCGCAUGCACGUACAAACAGGGGCGCAGUUCAGGGGCGCCCCUGCUGCCCAAACACCGCAGGAGGUGACACAGAGCACGUCGAUGUUGCGGGAGCUUAUCACCGGCAGUAAAUGCGAUAUGCACUGGACUGGCAGAUUGGCAGAGACUGGCCCAGUCAUUAGGGCCCGCGUGCGCGCUUGGUGCCUUGUUGGCACGCGCAAAGCGCGGGUACGCCACUGACCUCACGGCGGCUACGGCGGCAACAGCUUAGUUUGAGGAAUGCGGGCAACCAAGGACGGAUGCAGGUGGGGACAAAAAAGGGCCCGCAGUGCUGGCAGCAUUGCUAGCACGCGGGCCGGCGUGGGUGUUACAGGCUUAUCCAAUGGCCUCCACAUUCUUGUGUGUGCUUUCCAGGACAGAAGACCUCAGCGAUUCUUGUAUGUGGUGGAUGACUUUGUGUGCGUGUGUGGUGUGGACGGCUGGAGCGGCGUGUGUGUUAUUACAGUGUGCAGGGAGCGGCGGUGGCGGAGAUCCGUAUUCUUUGCGCGCAUCAGUGUGUCAGGGCACCGACAUAUCUGAAGGCAAGGCCGCGUGCAGGGCCGUGUGCAAACUUUAGUGUCGGGCGAGUAUGUCUUGCGAGGAACGAUCACCAUGCGUGCGGACCCGUGGCGGCCUCAGGACCGCACGCGUGUGUGCGAGCGGGUGAGGGCAUGGGCUUGCGCGGUGGCGCAGCAUGAUUCGACUGCAGGAGACGUGUGGCCGACUGGGGAGAUGGGGCAUGGUGGGUGCGGUGUCCCAUUUGCGAUGGCCUGCGGCGUCGCACAUUCACUGCGGCGCGCACAUGGGGCCCUUGCAGACACUUAACGCGGUUGGGCCAUGUCGAUCGUCAGUUGUCGUGGAGCUUGUGACAGGGGCGACCCGCCCAGCAGCAGCAGAGUGCCUGGGUCCUGUAAGCAGAAUGGGCG